AUGACGGAAGUAGAGACAAAGUUAGCAGAAACAGAAGAAAGGUUGAAACAGAUGAUGGCAGUUGUCGAGCAACUGCAAAAGGAGAACAAGGAAUUGAAACGACAGAAGGAUAACCACCUAGCCCAAAACGGUUUUGAGGAGCUAGUAAAACAGUUUCUCACGCAAUUCAAGGCAAGUAGAAGGCGUCAUAAGCUAGCUACCUAUCUACUGACCAUAAAACAAAAGGAGGGAGAGAACCUGAAGGCUUACCUAACACUCUUCAACAAAGAAAUGCUUACCAUGAACGACCAAGAUGAAAAGAUUACCUUGGCCACCCUCCUGGGAGGAAUCUGGCCCCGAAGCCCGUUGAUGGCUGAAUUGGCCAGGAGAACUCCAUCUACCUGCAGGGAGUUCAUGGAUCGAGCAGAUAACUUCGUGAAUGCAGAGGACACAUUACAGGCUCUCUUGGAGAAACAGAAGAAGAAAGCAAAACGGGAGAACAAGAACCAGAAUAAUUCUAAAGACAAAGACAAAGGAACAAACGGUCGAGGCCACCAGGAUGAUAAACGCAACCGAUACACUAGUCACCAGGACCAGGGGCGCCACUUGAUCCACAACAACCACAAUGUUCAGGAGAACAGCAGGGCAACAAGGAAGGAAGAACACUCACCAUGCAAGGGUCAGCGCCACUGCACAUAUCACCGAACCAACUCCCACUGGACCGAAGAUUGCAUCACUCUAAAGAAGUGA